CCCUUCAGUCAGUCAAAAUGCGAAGCUUUCAAGUAUUAUUAUUUAGCUUGGGAUUAUUUAGUUUAGUUUCCAGUCAAUCUGCGAGUCUAGACGCUUAUAUUUUACAAAAUCAGCGGCAAUACGAUGCUAAAAUCAAGUCUUACGAAGAUCAGUUGGCAAACUUUCGGACUUUAUUCGCCAAGAGGCUGGAGGCGAUCAACCUACAAGCUGAUUCCAUGCAACUAAAACUGGAGGAGGCAUCUGCCCGGUUGGACCCCAUCGCCUUGAUCGACGGCUGGAGCAAGCAGUGUGUCCAGAACUAUUCCUCCAGUAUUCCAACAGUGACUGCGUCCCGGGCGGCGUUAGUCAAGUGUACGGAGAGUAUCAAUGGAGUUUUGAACAAUGUUGAAAGUACCUAUAAUUCUCUAAAAAGCUACUAUGCCAACAACCUGAAGAAUGCGUUGGCCAAUUGUAAUAAGGUUUACACAAAGGCCCUAUUAAACUACACUGUCUGUGUGACCAAAGUGAUCGCCGAUGCCAACCAGUACACAAUCACCAAUCAGAACAACUUUAACACAUACCUGAAAAGUGCCGAAUGCACGGCUGAUUCUAAGAUACGAUCCUCUUGGCAAUGUGCUUUUGGCCAGGUUUACUCCACAACGGCCACCGUGGAAGUGGCUUUAAGACUGGUCAACGAUUGCAUCGAAAAUAGAAAUGUAUGCGGCUCUAAUUUGUGCGAUACUGGUUGUCCAGUCCGAAAGACGGUGAGUCUGAAGGAGUUCGAUCUACGCAACGAAACCCUCCAGAAUCCCUUCAGAUACACAGACCAGCAUCCAAAUUGCCUGGAAAUAAGGUGGAAUUAAUAAGUUUAGUAAAAGAAACAUUGCUUAAAUGUAUAAAUAUUAAAGCAAUAAGUAAAUAAUCUGUUUUAAAGCCAACAAUUUAUUAAAGAUUUUAAAAGUUAAAUAAAUAAAAUAAGUAUGGAGGCUA